AUGAAGACGACGGAGACAAGCCUGAGCGGCAGCGGCCGGCAAGACCUCGGCGCCAAACCCUCCGACGACGACGAAGCCUGCGUGGACUGUCUGAGCGCGCUCCCCAACAGCGUCCUGCUCAGCAUCCUCGCGGGUCUCGGCGACGCCGCCGCCGCUGGUCGGACCAACGUGCCCUCCAGGCUCCAGCAGCUGACGCUGCUCCCGGAGCUCCGCUUCGUCCCUCUCUCGUCUCAUCGCGUCAGCGCUGGCCGGCCACGAAGCGGAGCUCAGGCACCUGAAGAUGACCGGAUCGUCUUCACCAACCAGGCGCCCGGGACCGGGAGAGACGCCGACGCCGACGCUCACGAGGCGGCGCUCAGCUACCUCAGCGUCCGGACACUGGACGCCGACGCCGAGUCCGUGGCGGCCUGGCUCCCCGCCGUGGCGCGCCGCUUCACCGGCCACCUCAGCUUCACGAACCACGCGCCGGGGAGAGACAUCGACGACGACGGCGGCGAUGAGGAAAGGGGCUCCCUUGAGCUGCCCUGCCUGGCGAGCGCCACCAGCGUGACCCUCGACCUCGGGUGCGGUCUGGGCCUCGCCGUCGCGCCCGUCGGCGUCUUCGCUCGGCUCACCGACAUCUCCCUGACCAGCGUCUUGUUCCGCGGCCCGUGCGCGCUCAGCGACGCCGUCUCAUCCCCGCGGUGCCCCUGCCUGGUCAAACUCACGGUCCACGGCGCCCGGGGCCUGGACAACCUCACGAUCCGUUCGGAUUCUCUCCGGGAGAUGACGCUGGACAAGCCGGUCGCCGACAUCUCAGCGCCUGCGCUGAAGGUGCUCAGGUGGGGGGAUCUGUUUGAUCCGAUCUCUGUCCACCUUGGUACCAUGAAGCAUCUGGAGAGCGUGUGCCCCAUCAUACUUCUUGUGUAUGGAUCUCCGGCCAUUGCGCCCGAUCCCGAUCGAGACUGUCUAGGGCUGUUGCGGUGUUUUAAGACCAUCCAACAUCUCCACCUCACACUAGCCUACCUGCCGGGUGUAUACACAAAUGUAUCGCUGAUGAUCGUUUUUGAGAAAUUCAGCCAUGGAGGAGUGGUGGUGGAGGACACGGGCGAUGAUGAGGACCUAGAGGUGGAGGAUGAAGAUUUUGAAUACUCGGAGGAGGAGGAGGAGGAGGAUAUUGCUGAUGAAUAUGUGGGCUCUUAA